AAUUUCGACAUGAAUGAGAGGAAAGCGUGGGUGGUCUUAGCAGGGUGGAAGUGGUAAAUAGCAGAGGCUGUUCAAAUUUGUUCGUUGGGUUCUCUUCUUCAGCGCCAUCAGCAAAUACAAAUUCCCAGGCGUUCGAACCAAUGUCCCUGUCCCCUGUUGCUGCUGCUUCUCUCGGCCAUGAACCGGAACCGGUGCCGGUUCGAUCUAUCGGUCCAUUCUCCGGUCUGGUCAUUUGCGUCACUGGCUUGUCCAAAGAAGCAAGGAAACAAGUUAUGGAAGCAACUGAGAGAUUAGGUGGUCAAUAUAGUGCAAGCUUGCAUCCUCAAUGUACCCAUCUGGUGGUUCAAAGCUUUAGCGGACGUAAGUUUGAUCAUGCUCUUAAACACGGAUCGAGAAACAGCCUGUUCGUCGUUACACUUGGAUGGUUUGUGGACAGCGUCAAGAUGAAUGUAAGGUUAAGUGAAUCACUCUAUACUGUGAAGGGUGUUGGAGAUCAUGGCACACGCGUAGAUGAGUUGAACCGGCUUGUGCCUACUGCUUCGGAAAGUUCAUGUCUUCCUUCCGGUUUUCAUGAUGCUAAGAAGAUUGACAUGGUAGAAAAACAACAUGCAAGAUUUUCUAGAAGUGACCCGAAAAAUAGUAUGUACUCGAUGCUGUCUGGUCAUACCCUGUAUAUAGAUUCCGAUAUUUCAGAUGAGCUACGGAAUAAGGUUCUUGAGGCAGCAUCUAAAGAAGGGGCCACAGUUGUAGAUCGAUGGUUUGUCGGUUGUAGUGCAAGUCAUGUAGUGUGUGAACGGAAUUCUAUCCAUCGAUAUAUCGGCCAUUCUAACAACAUUGUUACACCGUUGUGGGUCCUGAAAACAUCGAAGGAUCGAUUUGUGCCGAGACUUGUUCACAUGUCUGCCGAUUUGGCUAGGCAGAUUGGAACGUUUCUCGAAACUUCUCGGAAUGGCACUGCAGGAGAGGAAAAUAAUGCGGUUAACUUCUCUCAAGAUACUCCGAGCUUCAGAACUAAUGCAAGCCAUGAAGAAAGGAAGCAGAUUGUACAUUUAGCCAAAACCGGGGUUAGAAAUCGUCGCAAUCGUCGAAUGCAGACUUGUCAAAUCCCAAUUCGGCCGAUAAGCCCGAGCAGUCUUCUGGAUUCGAUUUGCUGGUCAAUAUCUGAGCCAACUUCAACCGCUUCAAUUUUCACAGACUCUUGUAGUGGCGGAGAUGCUAGUGAGCAUCAAUCGGAAUUCUUUGAUGCUAAUGGAGAUGGCAAGGAUUCCGGGGCCUCAUUUACGAACUCAACUCGGUCUCUUACAGAAAGCGAGAAAAACGAGUUGAUAUUCAAAAACCACUUCCUGACCAUACUAUUUCCCGUCGACCGCUUUUCCGAGAUGGGACCUUCUGCACGGACAUUUUUCAGCGACAACGGCUUUACAUGUUUGCAGGUUUUGGACUAUAUCUAUACCUUUUAUCUGGAGAACAUGUCGGGUCAUGAGAUAGAGGCCGCUAUUCACACGGACUCGAGGCAUGCCGGGUGGCUUCGAGCGGCGUACUCGAGCAAAGAGACGGCCGAACGCGGCGGGAAUGCGAUUUUCAAACGGAUCGACUUCUUAGGAAGUCGUCGAAGCUUCGAAAUGUUGAAGCGUGUUAGCGGGGAUAAUAACAGUAACGUAUAUGAGCUUUUGAUUAGAGCCUAAAAUGCCAUGCAUCAUAUGUAGCAGUAUUGAUAAUGGAUUGAAUCUUCGGUCAUAGCAAUUAACAUUUGGAUAAUACCACUCC